CGGCGUCAGUGCCACGCGUGACGGCGUCAUGGUGGCGGCGAUGAUGCCGGCGCUCUUGGUGACGGUGGCGACGUUGCUUUCGGCAGCUCUGGCGGCGGACGUGACGAACAUGGACGCGUGGCCGUCGCUGCAGGUGAUCGAGCCGUUUGACGCGGUGCACAACGCUGGCGUGCACCAUAACCGGUCACGGCGCCAGCUCGAUGACGGACUCAGCUUGGCAAUACCGAGCGGCGCCAUCAUCAGCCUGGCGCCCCGCUUCGGCUGGCUGCUGUACCAGGGCGAGGAGGAGGAGGAAGAAUUGGACCUGGUCUUCGAGUCAGAGUUCCUGUACCGCUUUCCCCACGAGGAGGAGGAGGAGGAGGAGGAGGAGUCCCACUCGGAACCGGCGUCGCACGAGAGGCGCGGCUGGGGCCGGUCGCCGUGGAGGCCGACCGGGGACAUCAUCAACGCCAUCGACCAGCCGACCGGCUUCCUGCUGCACCGCAACAAGCGGAUGGUGCGGGACAAGAAGAUGGUGUACAGCGGACUGGAGAACGUCUUCUCCAUCUUGGGUCUGGACGGCCGCGCCUGUCUGCUGCGGGCCAUCUGUGAAGUCAGCGCCACUCCUCUGGUGUACGACGGUAUCGUGGGAGAGCUGCUCAACAUCGCGCUGGUGCCCCGACACACGAACGGCCACCACGAGGAUCUGACGCGCUACCUGGAGGCCGAAGAACACGGCAAGCUGGACAGCGACUGUAGCGCCGUCUAUCCAGCCUGCCCGGUCUCCCUCUUCCAGAAGGUGGCGCCAGGAUCGAUGCACUUCGAAUAGGCGACGCCAGCGAUGCCGCCAUAGAUUCGUUUUAGUCCAGCGUGCAAUGAUCACGCACCAGGGGCGUAGUUUCGCAAAAUGAGUUUGGCGAGAGGGCAAACACUGGAAAACGACUGCACCUGCCCCAAAAUAGGCAACACACGGAUUUUUCCCGGAUUUGGCCCACUUUCUUGUCAACGUUGAACAGGGGGGGGGGGGGG